AAGAAUAAGACAUUUGAUUUCACCGCUCCUUCUGGCCGUUCUUGUUUCCUUUUCUGCUUUCUCUCUGCUUCUCUCUCUCUCUCUCUCUCUCUCUCUCUCUCUCAAUGAAAAUUAAAAUUUUGUGAUUUGAGUUGCAAAAAUACGCCGGUGGGGGAGGAGCAGCAGAGCAGGAGCCGAGAAUGUCUGAAUCGCACUCCAUUGUUGUCUGACUCUUGUUCUCUCUUUCACACUCAAAACACUGUUCCUGCUUACCUUGCUUGCUCUGUGGAAAAAGACAUUUCUUUUCCCUUUUCUAAACUAAAGCAACAAUCGCCGCAGUUAGGAUACCAACUACGCACUAGCAGGUAGCAGAGCCAGCAUUCUCUGGCAAAUGUUGAUUUAUUAACAGCUGCCCGCUCAUUGAGUCGGUGUCUCUUCUCUUCCGUUACCGGCUGAAUCAAGAACCAGGAGAUGAGUCAACAGGAGUCGUUUAUCUACAGCUUCGUGGCUCGAGGGACCAUGAUCUUGGCCGAGUACACCGAGUUUACUGGAAAUUUCCCGGCUAUCGCAUCUCAGUGCCUUCAGAAACUCCCCUCCGGUAACAAUAAGUUCACUUACAGUUGCGAUCAUCACACCUUCAACUUCCUCGUCGAAGACGGCUAUGCAUACUGUGUAGUUGCCAAAGAAUCUGUUGGGAAGCAGGUGUCUAUAGCUUUUCUGGAACGCAUGAAAGCUGACUUCAAAAAGAGAUAUGGUGGGGGUAAAGCUGAUACAGCCAUUGCCAAGAGUCUCAACAAGGAGUUUGGACCAGUUAUGAAAGAGCACAUGCAAUAUAUCAUUGACCAUGCUGAAGAGAUUGAGAAGCUUUUAAAAGUGAAGGCUCAGGUUUCAGAGGUUAAAAGUAUUAUGCUGGAAAAUAUAGACAAGGCUCUUGAUAGAGGGGAGAAGCUAGAUACUCUUGCUGACAAAACAGAAGAUCUUCGUUCUCAGGCUCAAGAAUUCAAGAAAGUAGGAACACAAGUUCGGCGGAAAAUGUGGUUCCAAAACAUGAAAAUAAAGUUGGUUGUUCUUGGAAUACUCUUGCUUCUGGUCCUAAUUAUCUGGGUUUCUGUUUGUCAAGGAUUUGAUUGCACCAACUAAUGCUUGGGUGCACACAGAAAAGAGAGUUCAAUUCCAAUCUGUGGAGAGCACAAGUCGCACUAUUGCAGGUCUCCCUUUCAACCCGCUAUGAUGAAACAUGGUAUGUUUUGAAUUUAUUUCAAUUGCUGGCGUAUUCGUGUUUCAUUUGGGGAUCAGAAGGGAAUCCUGCAACCAUGAUAGCAGAUGUAAUUUCCAAUCUAUGGAGGUGCUUUGUGAUGGCUCCGUUCUCUAUAUAAACCUUCAAAGGUUCAAAUUUUCAGUUAUUCUAUUUUUCGUAAUUGAUUCUGGAGUGGAUUUAAUCAAUCUAGGGGCCAUUAGAUAACUGGCUGAAGUUAUUUAAUUAAGGAGCUCACAGCAUCCUUAAAAACUUAUUUCACUAGAAAGCAAGACAAUUAGUCAUUUAGUUC